AUGAUCUUCUCCGUCGUCCUAAACGCCAUCAUGCAAUUCGCCUUCCUGACAACCGUCCUCUUCACCAUCGGCGACCCCGCCCUCGUCGCCGCAGACCCCCUCCCCAUAAUCCAAGUCUACUACCAAGCCACCGGCUCCAAGCCCGCUACAAACCUCUUCGUCGUCGUAAUCUGCAUCAUCAUCUUCGUCUCCUUCUUCAACAUAUUCGCUUCGGUGUCUCGCCUUAUCUGGGCGUUCUCAAGAGAUAACGGGCUGCCGUUUAGUAGUACGUUUGCGAAGGUGCAUCCGGGGUUGAAAAUGCCGCUUAAUGCGUUGAUUUUGCUGGGGGCGUGUCUUUGCAUUUUGGCAUUGAUUAAUAUAGGGAGUACGACGGCGUUUAACGCGUUUAUUUCUCUGCCUGCGCUGGGAGGGUAUAUCUCGUACUUCAUUCCCAUUCUCUUUAUCUUCAUGCGGCGCUUGUCUACCAAGCACCCCACGCCUAUACCCUGGGGGCCCUUCCGGCUCGGCAAGCUCGGCCCGUUCAUCAACUUCGGGGCGAUGGUGUAUAUCCUCUUUGUGCUGUGUUGGUUGCCGCUGCCGAGUUUCCGCCCGGUGGAUGGAGAGACGAUGAAUUAUGCGGGGCCGAUUGCAGGGUUUGUUAUCUUGUUUGCGGUGGGGGAUUGGUGUGUUUCGGGGAGAAAGAGGUUUAAGGUGCCGGUGUUGAGGAGGGCGGAGUAUGAGUACUAG